AGUGAAGAAGGUCUGUCACGCCUCGUCUGCGUCCCGUUGCGCCGCUGCGACGUGUCGCCUCGCGUGCGGAAGAGGACGUAGGGUACCGCCGCAAACAUUAGGCAUUAUGCGCGUACACACGUACCACAAACAUGCGGUGCAGCGCAACAGCCCGUUGCUGCACGCCCUCCUUUCUCUUCAUGCCAUCUUCUCCGUCUGCUACUCAGCCCCCAUCUUUUUCACCUUUCUCGGGCUUCGAUGGCAGCGGCAGAGCACCACCUCGACCCAGAGGACGUGGAUGAUCUGCGUUCUGGUGAUUUGGUUCUGUGCGGAGCUGGGCCGCCUUUACCUUGGCAGACUUGCGAACCGACAAACGCUGUUCGGCGAACUGAUUGGAUUUCUUAGCAUGACCAUCGUUCCUCAGAUUGUGCUCAUGGGGGUACUGUUUGGUCUGCUGCCUCAGCGCAAUGACCUGGAGUACGGCGUGUGUAUCACGCAACUCAUUCUGCUAGGAUUGGAGUUCCUGACUGCGACCCAGCUGUUAGUGCGCAUAACGCGCAACAACGUCAUCGACUUCUACGUCGCUCUUGGGUCUCCAUACUCCCAGUAG